AAGAAGCUAUUUCAGUGGGUUACAACUAACAAAAACGUUACUUGUCUGGCAGCUGAAAGGGAAUGCCAAAAGUGACUAGGUGGUCAAACAACUUCAAAAGGAGGAGGAGACAUUCAGUCCGAAUCCCGAAAAGAACACGAAUUGGAUGAGCCAGAAAGAAGAUCACUAUAAAACAUUUCUCGACAGUCGUUAGACGAUCAGCCAAUGGUGAACUUCUCGUGGCAGCGAAUUUCUUGUGUUGUGUUCAAUUACGGAAUACAGUGUAGUUUCACAAUCAGAAAUCCUGCUUGAAUGUAAAGGGAUUUUUAUUCUGAACAAGCAUUCUUGACGUUCACCUUUUGAAAUGGCUAAAUCAGCGCUGGAAUGUUUGCUGUUCGUAUUUUUAGCUUCGUCCGUAGUAACUUCAUGUUUGGCUACUGCUGGUGCUGAUCCUGCUCUCGAUUUCAAACCGUCUUCUAAAAAUCCUGUAGAACCUGUUAAAAGGCUAAGAGGCCGUCAGGGACAAGCUCUCCAGUCCGAGGUCUCAUAUGCCAAUUAUUUCCCAGCUCCCACUCACCGUUACCCCGCACCGGCAUUUAUGUCCUCUGGAAUUAGUUACCCUCCGUUUGACCAGCGAUCGACCUAUGGAAAUUUUUAUCCCGCACCCGCCCCAGUCCUAUACCACAACCCACACCAAGUUCCUGUGACCCCGCCAAUGGAGGAUUUAGCUCACGUUGCUGAGAAAUACUACCCCACAUUCAACGAUUUGGCUCCUUAUUUGGAAUCUCCUGGAAAUAUUGCCUCCCGAGUGUGGCAGAAAAUUCCUCCUGUGCGUCAAAUCGCCGACAGGACAAUCAAAGCCAUCAGUUCAGUUAUUGGACUGACUGUUAUAGUUCCUGCCAUCAUAUUAACAGCUAUUUUAUUCGCGGCAUUUUUGGCGAUCCUCUCUCUUUUUCCAGCUGUAUCGGCGUUUGGACGCAGAGACUUUGGUCGUGAUUGGUCUGCCUUAAACGAGCUCAAUGACAUCCUUCACUUUGAUCGCUUCCUGCCGUUACAACAGUCCAGGGCUUUAGCUUCGUUAGCGGCUCGUGUCGAUAGUGUACUCGAUACCUACAUGGAUGGUUUCAAGAACGAUGCAUGCCUCGAAAGGUAUUCUUGCGAAGCAGGAAAAAUGACUAGCCGGCUAGGCAAGUUUACAGAGCCAGUUAUUUCGUUUCUGGAGCCUCUAAUUCCUUCUUACCUGUCCAGAAAGCUGGAGGCGUUCAAAAACGGUGCCCGUAGUGGCCUAAUGGCCGAAUGCCGUGAAUUGAGAUGCAGCCUUCCCUUUUUUGGAUGAAAACAAUUUUUCGUUGCCAAAAUAGUACAACUUUCAAGAUUCUUUUAAUCAUUUUUUUGUUACCGUGCAUUUCUUGCUUUUAAUUUAUGAAACUUUGAAAUCGUGUCUUUUCCCUUUAUUAAUAUCCCAAGCAAGCUGGUCUUGGUGUUUAUUUAUUAUACUAUUUAUAUUUUAUUCGUUGUUUUGUCGUUUCCCACCAGAGGGCCCAAGAAUACAAAGAACGCCAUGGUUAAUGUAA